UUGCUACUCUGAAGAUAGGCAAAGGUACAUCCAAUCUGGCUUUGUUAUGAAUUCAAACUAACAACGGUCGGCAGUCGAUCGUUUUGUUGAAUUUUAAAAAGGUAUCUUUUGUGUACGUAAGGUGGAGCGAUGGCGGAUGCACACGAAUGGGAAUUGAUAGUACAAAAGACAACUACGAUGGUACGUAGUGCGAUCGCUCAGUUGCAUUCGAUAUGGACAGAAGUAGGAUACGAUAAAGAAACUCAAUCGGCUUAUACCAUCGCAGCGCUGGAUCAUAUACAGGAGUUAUUAAACGAUAUGGUGUCAGAGUCGGAGGAUAAAAAAAGAUUACUGUUGGAAGAAUCGAAGCAGUUGAUGCAGAAUACAUCUAUUCUGUGUAAAGAAUUAAAAGAAACUAUCGAUGCAAGCGGAUACGAGAUGUUACCGCUGUUCAAAUUACAGCAGGUACUGAGACAAGAUAUGGAAAAGUUAUUACGUAUUAAAGAACAACGUAAAACGUAUUUAAACGAAUUGUUGACCAAGGAACAUGAAAUUUGUAAACGGCUUGGCGUACAGCCAAUAGGAAUCGAAUCUAAACUUCCAACCGAAGAAGAAUUGGAUAACUUUAAGUUGUAUAUAGAUAAACAGGAAGUGGAAAAGAAUCGCAUAGAGAGCGAAUUUAAAAACAAGUACAAUUUCAUUACCAAGACGAUGGGCGAUUUAGGAAUCAGUCCGUCCUCUUAUUUCGAAGAAACGGUGUGUAAUCAACCCGAAAACUUUACCCUUACUCCUGGCAACAUGGCAUUGUUGAAGGAUUUUCAAGAAAAAUUAGAAACACAAUUAAGGAGCGCGAAAGAGGAAGUCGAGGAUAUAAAGCAAGAACUUUUAGCGCUAUGGGGAAACCUCGAGGAGCCAAACGAUUUGUGCCAGGCAUUUUUUGACAAUUAUCCGGGAUACAGUCAGGCUACCAUAAAAGCGAUUAAUGCGGAGAUCGCGCGGUGUAAAGAGAAGGCACAUAUUGCGAAGUAUGUGAGCAAGGUACGAGCCGAAUUGGUUAACCUGUGGGACUUGUGCAAAUACGGCGAAUCGCAACGAAAAAAGUUCACAGCGUUUUAUUCUCGUACAUACACAGAGGAUUUAUUAACCUUGCACGAGCUCGAGGUCGAUAAAGUUGGAAAGUAUUAUGAAACGAAUAAAGUAAUUUUCAAUCUAUUGGAGGAGAGAGAAAAUCUUUGGACGAAAAUGAAAGAAUUGGAACAUCGCGCUAAUAAUCCGGAUCGAUUGAACAAUCGAGGAGGUCAAUUGCUAGCGGAGGAGAAAGAACGCAAAGUUAUACAACGAAAGUUACCUAAGAUCGAGGCCCAAUUGCAUAACUUGGUAGACGAAUACGAGACGAGGCACGGGGAAUCGUUUUGCGUCAACGGCGUUUCCUUGGAAGAAUUCUUGGCGGAGUCAUGGGCAAAUCGUGAUAUCGAAAGGGAAACUAAGAAGAAUGCUAGGAAAGAGGCAAAGGACAAGGGGGCGAAGAAGGCGAGUGCAACGAAACGUACGCCAACGGCCUCGACCAGCAGUCGCAUUCAAACUCCCUUGUGUACUUCGACAAAGAGGAAAUUGGUCUUCGGUUCCACGCCUAAUAGUUCGGCUAAGCGACGCAACGUUGCUACCGACAAAGUGCGUAGCGUCACGUAUGGUUCGAAAAUUAGAAGAAGUGGGAAGAUUGCCAGGCGAGUUUUAUCCGAGAAUAAAAAACGUAGAAGCGAUCAAAGAAAAUCCAGGUCGUUGUCGCAAAACGUAGGUACGGUCGAUACGACUUACGGACAGUUUCAAGAACAUCUAAAGGGGAGAGAAGAAUUGCGUAGCUCUUUGUUACCUGAUCAGUCGGUAAACGGCAAAUCUAUUCUAAAGACGCCGAAUCGUACGCACGUUAAACCGUUGAGGAGGAAUUUGUACAACGUAACCGCAUCCAAUACGACGUCGAAAUUAUUACAAUCCACUCGAAAUUCACCGCGCAGUCCUAGGAUAGUUCAUACCCCGAAACUUGCAACCGCACCAAACGUAUUACCCAUUAUAUUUUGAUAAAUUAUUUCCUCAACGCUUAGAUACUUUCCAUUUGAUCGUUCAGUUACGUAGCGAGAGCUCUUUUGACUCGGACAUACGCGCGCGCGCGCGCAUAUACGUUAUAUAUCCGAUUUGUGGAACAACAGAUUUAGAAAGAGAGUUUGAACUUUAGGGGAAAAGGAAAAAAACUACGUUACGAUGGUGAAAUGGUUUGAUGUGCAUCGAACAGUCGAUGGGGGUAACGAGCUUCGCAUUUGAAAUUUUAUUAUCGAUGUGGUCUCCCCGUUGCGUCCAGUCGAAGCAGGCAUUUUAAACAUCGCUACAGUAUCCAACGAUGUGAUAUUUUGUACAUAUGUGUGAAACGAAAGAAGGAAAAAAAAUGAUUUUUAAUAUAGCAUCAUUUUUUGUAAUACGAAACGUUUAUAGAUGAAUAAAGUUUAAGCACCGCUAUA